AAUAAUUAAGUACACAAAUAAAGAGAAAAAUAAAAAGUCUGUUAAGUUUUUAGUGUAAAAACAUAUUACCAGGGCUCACCGUUGAAAUUGCAUACUUAACUAUGUUUCGAUGUGUGGGAAACCUUCGUCUGACGAGGUUAGGAUCACAAUGUCAACGGAAAUGCUUCUUUGUUAUACUUUCCAUAUGUAUAAUUAUACUUUUCGCAGUUUUUCAGAGUUCUACCAAUCACACCAUCGCUCAAAAUGAAGCAAAGAUGCAAUAUAAUAGACAAUUCAUCAAUAGCAACCAAUCCGAUAGACCUAAGGAUUGCCUUCCACUGCACUUUUCUCCGGUGGCGUUACCACACAUUGCCCUUGUGAGUGUACCAGGGAGUGGAAACACAUGGGUCAGACAUCUCAUUCAACAAGCAACGGGUUUAUAUUCGGGUAGCAUGUAUAGAGAUCAAAAGAUGGACCCUUUGAUUUUUCCUAACGACCCCAGGAACAAUUCGGUCAUUGUCACAAAGAGACACAACAAAUGGUCUGAAUCAAGUCCGAAGAUUGUUAAAGCUAUAUUACUAGUUCGUAACCCAUUUGAUGCAAUACUAGCAGAGUUUAACAGAGAGGUUACUAAGGAUAAGACUAUGACUGCCUCUAAAGAUCAUUUUCAAACCAAAGAAUGGACCAAGAUUGUAGAAUACAGUGGUUCAAAAUGGUUAUAUAAUGUAAUGGUUUGGCUAGUGUACCCAUUUGGACCUGUGCAUGUAGUUAGGUAUGAAGACUUAAAAAGUAAUUUGAAGGAUGAAAUGAGAAAGAUUUGUAUUUUUCUUGGUCACCCGGCUUCGGAGGAGACACUGGAUUGUGUCGUACGGAAUUCUGAAGGUGCAUAUAGAAGAAACAGAACGGAAACAGAUAGAACGCUAUUCCCUUUGCGAAUACGACAGAAGCUAGAGUCAGAUAUGCUACUAUUUGAUCGCUUCUUAGAAGAAUAUAGAUAACAUUGCAACAAAUUAGAUGUGCAUCGUAGCCUGCUUGUAGUUUCUUAGUCAUGUAGUCAAAUUCAUCCGACAAUUCAUCUGACAUGUAUGUAGCACUUAUACAUACUCGUAUACGAUACAGGAUCACCAGGAGCCCAUGAGCGUGUAUUUAUGAAACCGUUCAAUUGAAAAUAUACCAAUGGGUGCUUCCAUAUAUGAAGAGAUGGUGAUUGCGCAUAAUUUGAAGUGUGCCAUUUAGAUUUCGACAUAUUACGACAUUUUUGUGGCAUGACAUAUGGCAAGUGUAAAUAACGUGUUCCAGAUUCUAAGUUGUGAGACGUUGCCAUAAUUUAUUAACACAUAUUUCAAAUUUCAUAUUUAUUUAUUGGCACGGCCACUGCUUAUCAGGGCAUGACUUCAAUUUUUUAUAACAAUAAUAUGAAUAAAAUUAACAGAGAAUAUACAUAAAUGUAUAAAGAAGUACAGUCAUGCAUUAUACAUUUGAACAGUGUUUAUUAAUAUAUAUUUUAAUCUUAACUAAUGUAUGUAACUACUGAUGUUACUAAUCAAGGUUAGGUUGGAGGAGUUGCGUUUUCUUAGUUUAAAUUAGGUCCAAUAAUAACAUUUCUCCUAGAUUUAUAGAGUGUAUUAAUAUUGUUAAAAUUUCAUAUGUAUGUGUUUUGUACGACAUCGAGUAUAAGAAUUUUUCUUUUCUGGAG